AUGGGUGCAUAUUUAUCAGAACCAGUUACUGAAAAAAUGUCCAGUGAUGAAGUAAAUGACAAAAUAGAAUGUGGUGCAAGUUCUAUGCAGGGUUGGCGUGUCAACCAAGAAGAUGCACAUAAUACCAUUCUUGAUUUUGAUGAAAAUACAGCAUUUUUUGCGGUUUAUGACGGGCAUGGUGGUGCAGAGGUAGCAACAUAUUGUUCUCAAAAUUUACCAAAUUACAUAAAGAACACAGAUGCUUAUAAAAGUGGAGAUAUGGUUAAAGCUUUAACAGAUGCUUUCCUUGGAUUUGAUGCAUCUAUUGCAACUAAAGAGGUCAUGGAUAUAUUAAAAGAAUUAGCUGGUGAAAUCAAUCCACCUGGACCAAGUGACAAUGAAGAAUCAGAUGAUGAGAGUAUAAGUAACUUGUACAAAGAUGCUACACUUCCUUUACAGGAAGUGUUGGCUAAAUAUGAAAACAAACUGACCACACUGCACCGUGCUAGAUUAGGAGACACAGCAACACCACUGUCACCAUUCCUCCGAGCUAAAAAAAAUGUUGAUGAAGCAGGAGGGUCAGGAGCUGGUGCUUCAAGCUCAAGUGCAGGGUUUGCUGUGGCAGGUUCAAGUUCUGAGCAAGCAACUGAAGAGGCUACAUCAAGCAAAAACGGCCUACCAGAUGAAGAAGAGUCUAAGAAAGCAGACGAUGACACUGGAGGGGUUUCAUCUACAAAUUCCAAUGAUGAAGAUAAAGAGGUUAAUGGAGAAGUAUCCACAAGUGAUAACAAUGGAAAGGCAGAGAAGAAUGUUGAAAUGGAAGUUGACAAAACUAACACACCGGACAGUUCUGCAGAAAAUUGCAAUCAGCCAGAACAAAGUGCAGACUCGAAAACUGAGAAUGGUUCAUCAUCUGAAGUGUGUAACGGAGAAGUUACCAAUUCCAAGGUUGAUGGUGAAAACAAUAUUACUUCCUCCAAUGGAUCUGCAACACCUGUUAAGUCUAAUAAAUCCAAAGAUAAAGUGUCAAGUUCUGACAAAGCUACACCUGAGAGACCAAAGAAAGCAAAUCUUAGGAGAGCUGCCGCUGCUGCUAUGUAUGAGACUAUUCUGAAGCAGGUCACAGCAGAAGAUGAUGAUGAAAGUGAUUCCAAUGAUGAAAACUUUGAAGGUGGAGAAGUUGACUCUUCGGAUGAAGAAAAUGUGAAUGGAGUAGAAGUAUCUUCUAAUGAAAGUGAAGCCGAAGAAGAAGAUGAAGAAGAAGAAUAUGAAGCUGAGUCGAGUGAUGAAGAAGGGGAGCAAGACAUCAGUAUGUCGGAAGAACCUGGCAAUGAUAGUGGCUGCACAGCAGUUGUGGCACUUCUCAGAGGCAAUGAGUUGUAUGUUGCAAAUGCUGGUGACUCCCGCUGCAUAAUAUGUCGAGAAGGCAAAGCCAUAGACAUGUCAAUAGACCACAAACCUGAAGACGCACCGGAAUUAGAAAGGAUUACAAAAGCCGGUGGGAAAGUAUCCAAUGAUGGCAGAAUCAAUGGUGGUCUUAACUUGUCAAGAGCCAUUGGUGACCAUUCUUAUAAGCAAAAUAAAGAAUUGGAUGCUAAAGAGCAAAUGAUAACAGCUUUGCCAGAUGUGAAAAAGCUUACAAUAGAGACAGACAAGGACCAGUUCAUGGUGCUCGCGUGUGACGGCAUCUGGAACUUCAUGUCGAGUCAAGAUGUCUGCGACUUCAUCUUGCCCAGACUGAUCGAAGGCAGGGAGCGGCUGUCGCAGAUUUGCGAAGAGAUGUUUGACCAUUGCUUGGCGCCGAGCACAAUGGGCGACGGUACAGGCUGUGACAAUAUGACGGCCAUUAUAAUAAGAUUCAAAGAUGGCGUUGUUUCAGACGUCGGCCAACACACUAAUAACGUUGAAUCGAAAAAACGUGCCGCAGAUGACUCCAGUGAGGACAUACAGGACUCGAAGAGGCAGAAAAUAGAUGACCCUUUGUCGAGUUCAGUAGUGACUUCAAGUGUU